AUUGUGAAUAGACUAGACAAAGCCUAGGAGGCAGGUCCCAUAUUCUGUGAUUGAGUCUUGUUGAGCGAUUUAUGGAUUCGGUACAGAGCAACCCCAACCCAAUUCCGGCGAUGACAAGUUAUCAGCCACUGGAGAGACCGUUGGUGGUGAUAGGGCCACAGUUCCUGGCACAGUAUCCGGUGGACAUCACUGUUGCCAGCAAGCUCUUGACUCUUGGAGAAAACAAUUUUACAGUCACUGACGUUAACGGCACUCUCAUAUUCCAGGUGAAGAGCAAACUGUUAAGCAUCCAUGACCGUCGUUUUCUGCAAGACGCCGCUGGCAACACCCUUGUCACUCUCCGGCAGAAGAUAAUGACUGCCCAUAGGAGGUGGGAGGUUUUCAGAGGAGAGAGCACAGACGCUAAAGAUUUGCUUUUCAGUGCAAAGAAGUCAUCGAUACUUCAAUUUAAGACGGAAUUAGAUGUAUUCUUAGGCAGUAAUACAUCAGAAGAUGUUCCUGAUUUCAAGGUCAAAGGAACCUGGAAGGAGAGAUCCUGCACUAUAUAUCUUGGACUGUCCAAUACCAUCGUUGCACAAAUGCAUAGGAGACACACUCUGAAGACUGCUUUGUUGGAAGCGGACAAUUUUGCGGUGACUGUGUAUCCUAAUGUGGAUUAUGCCUUCAUAGUGGCUCUUGUGGUGGUUCUUGAUGAGAUCAACAAUGAUCGGAGCGGGGAGGAUUAAAUAUUAUUUGUGUGUUAUUAUGGAACUGUCCAACUAGCAUCUGUGUGUGUGGAAAUAAAUUUGAUAAACUUGUGAACGCCAGUGAUCGUUAGCUGCAUUUCUGAUCUGCCUUGAGUUGUAAAAGCUUCCAUGAUUUCCUGAUAAUCUAUCAAGUGCUUGCUUGGUUCUGUGGAUAUUUCAAAUCUAUGUGUAAUCUGGAUAGCAGAAAAGUUCCAAUAAGAAAGUUAACUUGAAUUGAA